UUGGUUUGUUUUGUUUUCCAAUUAAUUAAGUCAAAGUGUGAACAGUUAUCAUGACAAAGGAAUUCAAUCAGCAAGCAGAGGUCUGUUUGGGGUUAGAAACUUUGUGGCAAGCUCUGUCCAAGGAUUUGAUUGUAACAAUUCCAAAGAUUAUACCAAACAUUGUGAAAGAUGUCAAAUUAAUUGAAGGAAAUGGAGGAAUUGGUACCAUCUUUCAUUUUACUUUCUUCUCAGGUGUAACCCCGGUAAGUUACCAGAAGGAGAAGAUCAUAGAGCUUGAUGAGUCUUGUAAUGAAAUUGGAUUGCAAGUGGUUGAAGGAGGAUAUUUGAAUAAAGGUUUUUCAUACUACAAAACAAGUUUCAAGCUAUCUGCUGUAGGAGAGGAUAAGACUUUGGUUAAUGUGAAGAUUUCUUAUGAUUAUGAGUUGGAAAUUGAAGAAAGUAGCAUUCCAAUGAAAACAUUAGAAUCUGCUUUACACUUUCUUAGAUGCUUAGAAAAGUAUGUGUUGAAUGAUGCUUCAGAAUAAUUUUAUUGUAUCUGUUGUUAUUGUCUUCAAGAAUGUUUGAAAUGGUACCUUUUAGUGCCAAAAUAAAAAGAAUAAUAGAAUUUCUGUUUUUUUAUUUUUAUUUUAUUUUUAUAUGUAAACAAUC